CUCAGCUCUGGGGACAUGACUAUUUCUAGAACCCAGCUCAGUGCUGAGUCUAUGUCCAGUUCUAGACUCCAGACUAGAUCUGACACUUGGUUUAUCUCUAGAGCCCAGUCCAGUUCUGAGACCCAGCCUAACUCCAGAGCCAUAGUCUCCAGGAGCCAGGAAAGUGUUGAGGCUAAGUACUGCUCUAGAACACAGAGCAGCACUGACUCCUAUCCCAGCUCCAAGGCCAGACCCAGUUCUAGAGUCCAGUUUAGCUCUGAAAUCCAGCUGUGCUCUAGGCCCCAGACCAGCUCUGAGAGUGAGUUCAUCUCUAGACCUCAGUCCACUUCUGAGCCUCAACCCAGCCCCAGAGCUGAGCCCAGCUCCCAAGCUCAACCCUUCUCUGGAACCCCAGAUAGUUCUAGAGCUAAACUGAGCUCUGACAUGAAGUCAACUUCUGGAAUCCUGAUGAGCUUCAAAUCCCAGUCCAGCUCUGAGCUCCAGCCCAGUUCCAGGAGCGAGCCCAGCACCAUGUCCUGCCCCAGAACUCAGCCUGACUUGGAGUCGCCAGGCAGCUCUAUGGUACAGCUGUCCCUGGGUUCUCAGUCUGGCUCAAACAUGCCAGUGAGUACUGGGACCCAGCUGGGCUUCCAGAUGCUCUUUGGUUCCAGAAGCCAGGCCAACUCAGGAUUCAAAGACGACUUACAGGCCCAGUCCAAAGACAGACUCCAACUCUGCUCUAAAAGUCAGUUGGACCCCUGUCCUGGGGCUCAGUCCAGCUCCAGCAAUGAGUCCAGCUCAGACUCCAAGUUCUUCUCUAGACCUCAGCCCAGCGCUCCAGUCAGGCCCAUUUCCAGAAGCCAGGCAUGCUCGGGAACUCUGUCCUUCUCUGGAGUGAAGUCUGCAUCUAAAACACCUCUAGACAUUGAGUCCAAUUCCCUCUGCAGAGCUCAGCCCAACUCUGGAACCCAGGCCCACCUCAAGACCCAGGCAAGUCCCAGAACUCAGCCUGGCUCAGGCACCCCGCCUGGCUCUAGAGCUCAGCUCAGUUCUGGAGCAUGGCCUGGCUCUGAAGGUCCUGUCAGAUCCCACACACCCACAGUUUCUGAGACCCAGCUGGGCUCUAGAAUGAGGCUGGACACUGGAAUCCAGUCCAGUCCUGAGACCCAGAGCCAGGCAGCUGUGGAACUCAGUUCCACCACUUUGUCUAGAUCAGAGAGAAGGUCCCCCCAGCACCUUCAUGGCACACAGCCUCCCUCGGGGACUCAGUCUCCCUCUGAGACCCAGUCAGGUGCGUGGAUGCAGCCCAGCUCUGGAGCCCUCGCCAGCCCCAGAACCCAGCCCAGUGCUGAGACUCAUGCUAAUUCUGCAAUCUGUCUGAGCUCUAGGACCCGGCCAAACUCUGCAGCCCAGCCCAGUCCACGCAUUCUGCCCAGCUCUAGAACCCAGCCCGGAGUCAGGAUCCAGAGCAGUUCUGAGUCCCAACCCGACUCUGGAAUCCAGGCCCAUCUAAGACUCCAGCCUGCCUCUGUGCCCCAGCCAGACUCCAGAAUCCAGCCCAGUUCUGGACUCCAGCUCGGCUCCAGAAGCAGGUCGUGCCCACAGACCCCUGGCCUGGACCCCAGAAACCCACCAGACCCAAGUCCCCCAGGGCCAACUCCCAGAGCUGAGACCCCCGGCCCUGGCAGAGAACCUGGACCCCAGACCAGUCCCCCGGCCUUCCCCUGGGCCCCCCCAAAGCCAGUCCUAUCCCCCAAGCCCCAGCUGAUAUCCCAGAGGUCCAACCCACUCACCACCUCCACCCCGAGGGGGUCCCUCCUUGGUCCCCAUGGGCCCUCCCCCACACUCAGGGGAUCAGAGCCCCUCCCCCACUCCGGGGAGGCCUAGCUGGAUGGUGGCCUGGCUUUGUCCCCAUGACUUCCAUCCUUCCUCCCUCCCAGCCUGCCCCCCACAAGCAGCAGGUAACCCCAUCCUCUCAAGACAGAGCUGGGGGUGGAAAUGGAUUUCGGUUUCACUGGCUACUGAGGGUGUAAAUGGAUCCCGGGUCUGCAGGAGGGAAGGGGGGAUGGGGAGGGGGUGGGGGUGGGGGAUGAGCACUCCAAGGGCUCCUAUGAAUAAAGCCACCCCCACCUCUGCCACCCUGUGUCUCCUUUCUUUUCAAAGGGUGGGGGCAGGUGACAGAUUAGGGGAGACCAAAAGAGAGAGCAGGCUUCCUGAAGGUCUGAAAACACACCUACUGUGUGCUGGGACCUUCACAAUUUAUUGACCUUAGUGAUUAUUUUUCUGGUUUGACUUUCUUUUUUUUUUUUUUUUAAUAUUUAUGUAUUCCCUUUUGUUGCCCUUGUAGUUUUAUUGUUAUAGUUAUUAUUGAUGUCAUUGUUGUUGGAUAGGACAGAGAGAAAUGGAGAGAGGAGGAGAAGACAGAGAUGGGGAGAGAAAGACAGACACCUGCAGACCUGCUUCACCACUUGUGAAGAGACUCCCCUGCAGGUGG